AUGAGGGUGCGGCUGAUGCACGGCAUCCUUUGCUGCUGUGACGAAGGCAGUUCCGCGGCCGUGUUCUUUCGGCCGGAUGGGCGGGCACUGAAGAUGAAGGUCACACCAGCUGCGUUGACCCUGAUCCGAGCAUUGUCAGACGUGCCUCAGAGGAUCCGAGACUUACCCUGCAGAGACGCGUUUGAGCGCCUCUGCGUCCUCGAGGUUCUCCGCGACGCUGGGGCCGGGGCUCCCGGGAAAAGAAAGCGCGCUUAA